AUGCAUCAAGGAAACCGAACUGUCUUUGAAUUCUCCCUCCUGGGACUCUCAGCAGGUUCUGAACAGCAGCAACUCAUCUUUAUGCUGUUACUGUGCAUGUAUCUGGUCACCAUGGUAGGAAACUUACUUAUCAUCCUGGCCAUUAUCAAUGAUGCUCACCUCCAAAGCCCCAUGUAUUUCUUCCUUGCCAAUUUAUCCUUCAUUGAUAUCUGCUUCACAAACACGACAAUCCCCAAAAUGUUGGUAGACAUCCAAAGUCAGAGCUCAACCAUCUCCUUUUCAGGAUGCCUUUCACAAAUGUACUUUUUUAUGUUGCUGGUGGACCUGGACAAUUUCCUCUUGGCAGCCAUGGCAUAUGACCGGUACAUUGCUAUCUGUCAUCCAUUACAUUAUGCUGCAUUACUGAGUCCCAAGCAUUGUACCCUGUUGGUAGUGACCCCAUGGGUCAUCUCCAUUCUUGUCUCAACACUGCAUCUCAGUUUGCUGAACCUCUUGACUUUCUGUGAUAAGAGAGAAAUCCCACACUUCUUCUGUGACCUGGAACCCAUUUUAAAACUUGCUUGCUCAGACACCCAAAUUAACGACUUGACAAUCUUAGUCAUUGGUGGAGCAGUAAUCUUUAUACCCUUUGCCUUUAUUAUUGUCUCCUAUGCCCUUAUUGGUUGUACUGUUCUUCUGGUUCCUUCAGCCAAGGGGAAGUGGAAAACAUUAUCUACUUGUAGCUCCCAUCUCUCAGCUGUGUCCCUCUUCUAUGGGUCCAUCAUUGCGGUCUACUUUCUCCCCUCUUCUCACUACUCACCAGAAAGGGAUAAGGUGGCUGCCAUCAUGUAUACAAUUGUAACUCCCAUGAUGAACCCCUUCAUCUAUAGUUUAAGAAACAAGAACAUGAAAGGAGCACUGAGGAAACUAUUCAGCAGAAAAACAUAUUUUUGA